AUGGCCUAUAACGAGAUAAUCGUUUGGCGUCAACUACGGCAUCCAAAUAUCCUGCCUUUCUACGGCGUAUUCAAGGAAUCAGAUCGAAUCAAUCUCGUCUCGCCGUUGAUGCGGAACGGGUGUCUCACCAGUUAUCUAAAGGAAAAUCCUCAAGCCAACCGGUUCCGACUGAUGCUAGACAUUGUUCGCGGUCUUGAGUAUUUGCACACGAUGAAGCCAACGAUUGUUCACGGGGACAUGAAAGGCGAAAACAUCCUUAUCACCGCAUCGGGCCGAGCAUGUCUGGCAGAUUUCGGUCUGGCAGCGUCAAAGGACUCGCAGAAUGCACUGCAGACUAUGCGCGAGCGCCAUUCGGGGACACUCAAUUACAUGGCGCCCGAACUCCUCCUUUUUGACCAGGCAUGCCUGAACCCAGAUUAUCGUUGCAGCGAUAUGUAUGCCUUUGCCUGCGUGUGCUUCGAGAUGUUUGCCAAACGCCCUCCGUUCAAAGGAUACAGUAUGGUUCAAAUAAUGGACGCCGUCCGGAACAGAAAGAGGGAAGGCAAACCCGCGGAUGAGCCGCCAGCGAGUCUCGAUGAAUCGCUAUGGCAGUUCAUUCAAACCUGCUGGAGCCAGGAGCCCGAGGAUCGGCUGACUGCGUCUGACGCUCGGCAGUACAUUGAGCUUGUGAUCAAGGGUGAUUUUUUGAACCUAGAGUCUGGAACGUCUAUGCAGGCUAUGGAUGUCUGCGAAGACGAGGAGUGGGACGAAGUUUUCAUGCAGGGCGCUGUUUCAGCGUUCAACCCGCUCAAACUUGCGUUCCCUGCUUAGAAACCGCUUUUAUGCUUAUGUUAUCUCCUAUACUGUUUUUAC